UUUCAAUGCCAUUUUGAUCUCUGUGUUUAAACGAGUUCCGAACCUAAGCUAGUUUAUUCAAUAAUGGGAGCAGUUGAUGUUGCAAACAAGGAUCUCACUGCUAGCUUGGCCGACAAAAAACCUAAAGUUGUUUUUGUUUUGGGUGGCCCUGGCAGUGGAAAAGGUACCCAAUGUGCAAAUAUAGUGGAACACUUUCAUUACACUCAUCUCAGUGCUGGAGAUCUCCUCCGAGCUGAAAUUGACUCUGGUUCUGAGAAUGGAACCAUGAUUCAAAACAUGAUCAAAGAAGGAAAGAUUGUUCCUUCUGAGGUCACAAUUAAGCUUCUCCAAAAAGCAAUGCUGGAAAGUGGUAAUGACAAGUUCCUUAUUGAUGGUUUUCCUCGUAAUGAGGAAAACCGUGCAGCGUUUGAAGCUGUUACAAAAAUUGAACCUGAAUUUGUACUGUUUUUCAAUUGCCCUGAAGAAGAGAUGGAGAGGCGUCUUCUGAGUAGAAACCAGGGAAGAGAAGAUGAUAACAUUGAAACAAUAAGGAAGCGAUUCAAAGUGUUUCUCGAGUCCAGCCUUUCUGUAAUUGAGUACUAUAUGGCCAAGGGAAAAGUCCGAGAGGUAGUUGGGUACAUUAUUAAAUGA